UUGUAAAGUCGUCCGUUCUACCGCGAGCAACUCAGGAACGAGUGUAUGAUACACUGGAUACUUUCAAAUUAUUUCUGUGAGCUCAAGCAUAUUACACAUGGAAGAUCCACUUGUUUUUGAAGCUAUUGCCCUGGCAGUGGCAGUAAAUCUUCAGAUUAGGACAGAAUGGCGGCGAAAACGAAAAGCCAGGCGUUGUUGGGUUCGACCCUGGCUGAAAAGAAGGGACGAAGGCAGGGGAAUAUAUUCACUUUUAAUGAAAGAACUGAGGCCCGAAGAUCCGCAAGAAUUUCGGAACUUCGUUAGGAUGGACAUGGUCUGUUUCGAGAAGCUGCUGUCUAUGAUAGAAGAUAGAAUCAAAAAGUGUGACACAGUCAUGAGGGAGGCUAUCUCACCUUCUCGAAGGCUGGCAGUAACAUUACGGUUCCUGGCAACUGGGGAAUCUUUUAAGAGUCUGGCUUUCAGCCACAGAAUUGCACAGCCUACCAUUUCAAAUGUUAUAGUGGAUGUAUGCACUGCAAUUUGCGAAACUUUAAAGGACCAAUACUUAAAGGCACCAUCAACAGAAGAAGAGUGGAAUAAAAUUGCCAAAGAAUUUGAUGAACUGUGGCAGUUCCCAAACUGCAUUGGUGCAAUGGAUGGGAAACACAUAGCAUUUGCCCCACCACGAACUGCUGGCUCAACAUACUUCAAUUAUAAAAAGUUCCACAGUGUUGUUUUACUAGCUAUUGUGGACGCUAGGUACCGAUUCUCUUUGAUUGACAUUGGGUGCAAUGGAAGAGUGAGUGAUGGUGGGGUGUAUGCAAACAGCCUGAUCAGCAGUGCACUUCGGGGAAACUGGUUGAAGGUACCACAGCAAAAAUCACUUCCUGGCACAAACAUUGAAGUGCCAUAUGUGAUUCUUGCUGAUGAUGCCUUUCACCUGGAGCCAUAUAUCAUGAAACCCUAUAGAGACUGCCAGAACCAGAAGUCCAAACAGAUUUUUAACUACAGAUUGUCAAGAGGAAGGCGAGUAGUGGAAAACACUUUCGGAAUUCUGGCCAACCGCUUCAGAGUUCUUCUCAGUACAAUGCGACUACCUGUUGAGAAAGUGGAAUUAAUUGUUCAGACUUUAUGCAUACUGCACAACUACUUGAUUGAAGAGGCAGACACCACAUAUGUGACAGCUGCUGAUACAGAAAACACAGACUUGUGCACCAUAAACAAUGGUUCCUGGCGAGGAGAGAAAUCUCUCUCUAGCAUACCCCAGCAGAGUGGAAAUCACACGUCACUGUGUGCCAGGGAAGUGCGCGAAAAAUUUUGUGAAUUCUUUAGUACAACAGGUUAUGUUUCAUGGCAGUGGGAAGCCAUUAAGAAGUACAACUUUUAACAAUAAUAAUGUACAAAAGGCAAUCUUUUAUUUAAAAAUGACUCAACAAUGUAAUGCAAUGCCUUAACUUUAA